CAAAAAGAGCAAAAAGCAUUUCAAGGAAAUAUAAAGGAAAUAGCUGAAACAAUUACACAAAAGAAGUUUGACGAGAAUUCUUUCAUUAUGUUGAUGAAGAUUCGAAGAAAGGAAAUAAGUCAUUUUGAGGAAGCUGUGAAUGACAUAAGAUUCUUCGUUCAGAUUUGUAAACACUUUAGUGUGGAAACAGAUAUAUACAAUACAGUACUGGAAAAAUUCAGUCAACUGGACGAGUUUUCCAUCGCAAAUUUAUGCCAUCCUGUUGGAUCGAAAACAGUGCACAACUUAGACUCAUAUGUACCUACCAUUUGUGGUUUUGAAGUAGAUGAAGAACUUAUCACACAUAUUCAGGAUCUAAAAAGAAACAGUAGUGAAAAACUUUUCAUAAAGUUAUGGACAAAAAGAGGUGGAAAAUGUGUUGAGGAUAAGAAGGGUAUUCCUCUGACAAUAGAAGAAGUGAUAUCAAAGGUCUGGAAACCAGUAUAUGAAGAUUUGACCACUGCCAAAAGAAUACAAAAUGGUUCCAUGUUCUUCAGAGAGUUUCAAACCUAUUACAUGAAGACAGGGGACAAUUUGAUAAAUGAUCUAAAAAGUUUAUCAGCUGAUGGUAGUGUAGAUUGGAUAAAUGAAAAAAUGGAUCAAUUUCUGAUGUACAGCACAGUACAGCAAUGUGUGGAGGGAGCCACCACCAUUAAGAAUGUCAUAGACACUUAUGAUCUUGAGGGACAAUUUGAACAUCUCAACAUAAUAUUAGAACUGGCAAAUGGAAAGGAUAUUGCAAUGUACAAACUGGACAAAGAUUUGAGAAGGACAAUGAUGAGCUUGAAGGGAAUGACAGGGGAACAAAAGCGUUGUCUAGAGGCAUUUAUUGAUUGUAAACCUCUUGUGGAAUGGAUUAGAAGAACCAUGAGAAAUCGGAAGGAAUUAUUAGUGUUUAUUGACCUUGCCAGUAUAACUGUUGAAGACAGCGACAUGGAAUUCCAUCUUGUUCAGUUUUUUCAACCUGCAACACUUGGAUAUGGUCCAUUGAUUUUCAACAUAAAUGAAAUACACGACUUGAAGUAUUUACUAGAAACAUGUGAGCUUGUUUGGAAAGAGAUCAAUUCAGAUCCAAGCCUACACGAAAAAUUGAAAAUGACAACAAGGAAAUUGGAAUGGUAUAAAAGCUUGGAAUGCUUCCCAGGUUCUGUACCGUUGACAUCUGUAAAACAAGCUGAUGCCAUCAACUCUGGAGGAAUAUACAUGCUUGGAAAAAUUGAUCCCAAUACGCCAAAUGAGAAAUUAAGUCUUGAGGAUGUACUUCAACUGUAUGUUCAGAUAGACAGCCAAGGUCGUAGAUCAAAAAUGAGGUUCACGUACAACACACUCCAAGAACUUCAGCACAAAAUAAUGAUGGUAGACAGCAAGGACAAUAGCAACAGAGUAGAUGCUGAAAAAUUUAUCGAGAUAUUUAAUGCAGUUGUAAGACUUUGCAAUGUGUACAUCAAACUUGUGUCCUCUGGUUGUGUGCUGUUCUCAAACUGGCAGGCCAGAUUUCUUUGUGAUCCCGAGAGAAAGGUGUGUGCAUUUUUAAAAUUUGAAAAUGGGGAAGGUUGCAUCCAAUUAAAAGGAAGAAAAACUAAGGAAGAGGAUAUCAAGACUACAAUUCCUAGAAUUACCAAAUUCAUGGAAAAAUGCCUUGAAAAUUGGUUGAAUUAUAUUGAGCAGAAAAGGGAUGAGUACCACCACCUAAAUUUCUUCACAAUUGAUCAGAUAGUGAUUUUGCAAAGAGAAUUAGUUUUAAUGGGAGGUGAGGUAGAACCAAAUGAUUUUAUUUACCCAAUCUUAUCAAUUGUCAAACAUGACUGUGCAAAGAUGGAUGUAAUUGAUGCACUGAUGAAGGCCAACAUUGAAGUGUCGAAAAAGGAAGAUGAAGUCAAGAGUGCGGUGAUGGAAAACUCUGCUGUUGCAGAAUUUGUUUCAGAAAUGAUGAAAUCCGGUUUCUCUGAGACAUCAGCAAAAAAGGCUUUAAGAGCAGGAAUUGAUCCGACUGAAAUUGAUGAAGGUAUAGUGUGGUGCAUGGAAUUUGAGGACCAUCCAGAUUUGCAGGCACAGGUAGUCAAGGAUUAUAAAGGCUGGACAGAAACGGACAAGACUAUUUCCUCUAUGAUCCAAAAUGUCUUAUCUAGACUUCAGUGUGAAAAAGGCACAACAGCAGACACCCUGAUUCCAGACCUAGAACAGUUGUGGGAGGAAUUCCUGUCCUCUAUUUCCUCCAGUGUGUCAGACUAUCUCAGUGUGGAACAUCUGGGGAUCAUUCUCAGCAGACUCGCAGAAACUGAAACAUUUACUGUGAACCGGCCUUUUCCCAGAUGCUUUGAAAAAGGACAACCAAAUUUACUAUUGUGUCAACAAGAUGAGAUUUUGAACACUGUGCUGACAAUCUACAGCCAUGAUCCAGAUCAACCUCUUCCUCAGUCAGAUGAGAUCCUCAUGUGUACUCCACACACCACUCUUGACGAGGUGGAGAUAUUUUGGAGGAGAGCUGUAUUGGACACAACAGACAGAAUCUAUUGUUUGGUCUAUGGGGACCUGCUGGACUAUGAAGUCAGUGAUAAAGGGGAGAGAAGGUUGAAACAUCACAUGCAGAAAGCUGCAAGACUCGAAAUCCCCUACAAGCUGGUGGUGGUGUGUAGUACAGAGAGGGAGUACCACUCCAGAAUUGUGGCCGCCCUGGACAAGUACAGACGCCCCCCUCUCCCUCUGAUGACACAUGACAACAUGACCAAAUACAUCAAGGACAAGCUGACCUUUGACAUCAAACGACCUAGUGCGACCCCUGCUGCUGAAGCUGAUUUUGAUCUUUGCACAGUAAGAGUGGUGAAAUCAUGGAGAGCAGGAGUUGGCAAGAGUUUACACAAGAAAAGAUCGGCAGAAAAACUCAAAGUUCUAAAUAAUAGUGUAAUAAGAAGCAAGAAAGCUGUGGUGUCUAUUCCGUUACACGACAAGGAAAUCUCCAUUGAUGGCAUCAUGGACGUUCUUUUACAGAAUACGUUGCCUCCCGAGGAAAUAGAACCAAGACUGUUCCACAUUGAUCUCUCUUACGAGGUCCAGGAGGGGGUGGACUACCUGCUGUUCCAGCUACUGAUCCUGGGCUGUCUGACCAACAGUACUGGACACGUGUGGAGGAAGCUGCCCUACGACCUCUACAUUGUGGAGACCAUGCUUGUACUGGCCAGGGACUUCCAGGAACAGACAGGGUAUUUUAAAUGCAAGCAUAGAUGCCUCGAUAUUUUGCCUGCUGUUACCUGUCGUUCUCCUCGAGAAAGUCUGAAAAAAUACCAAGGAUAUGCUUCAGGGAUUGACCAGAAUGACUUACUAUUUGACGAGAAGGAGUUCAAGAGCGACGUUUUCCAGAGACCAUUCCAGUACCUGUACAGACUGGACAUGGGUCGAGGCCUGGGGGACGUAGAUAUGAGGAGGACAGAGGGAAACCCCCAAACCUGUCUACAGACACUGCUCAAAUACUGUGGUAUCAGAGACCCUUCCUGGGCUGAGCUUCGAAAUUUUGUCUGGUUCCUGAACACACAGCUGGUGGACUUUGAAACUUCAGAUUUUGUCUGCCCAGCAGUUGCUGAGGAUCUACCCGGAUUUUCACAAUUUGUCGUACGAUUCCUCAUUCAGAUGUCUAGGGACUUUGCUACGCGGUCGCUGAACAUGAGUGAGGAGUCCCCCAUACAGAUGUUACAGAGGAUGGAGUCUGAGGAAGAGGAGGAGAAUGAGGAGGUCAUGCUCCGUCAGUUUCAGCUCAGGAGGACCUGGGAAAGCAG